CCAUCUGCUUCCUUCUUUCUUUCCAAGUUUCCAUACGCCGGCAUGCGCCGGAGCAGGUGGUCGGACCUCCCGGUGGAUCUGCUCCGCGAGAUCGCUGGCCGCCUGCACGUCGCCGUCGACUUCGUCCGCUUCCACGCCGUCUGCAAGCCAUGGCGCAGCUCACGCGACCUGCUGUCCCAGACAACGGCGACCCACCUGUUCCUGCCCUGGAUCCUCGCGCCGGUGGUGUCGGACUCCCCGCUCAAGCUCUGGUGCGUCUUCUCCAAGUCCGGCUACUGCGCGCCGCCGACAGUGCCUUCUAGGGACUGGGUGUGCAGCGCCGACGCCACCGCUCUUUGGCACCACCCCGUCACCAGCCAUCUUCGCCCCAGCUACUACACCUACCUGUCUCGUUCCCCGCUCAUCCGGUGGGAGGAGGGUCAUCCAAGUGGCAUCGUCUACGGCGACGGCACCACCUUUGUCUACAGCAUCUCCCGCGUCAAGUAUCUGCAUGACACCAUCACCAGGUUUAGUGCGGCUCUUUUGUGUCCCGGUGACACAGAGUGGACGCUCGUCCAGAGGACCCUUGAGACCCCCUGGCUCGGGUGGUCCGGCGAGUUUUGCGCCGCGUACCACGGCGGCAAGAUCCUCCUCACUGUCAAGCCUAAACUGUGGCAUGCCAUCACGCCCAACAGCAAUGUCGCCUGCGACGUGGUGGUCCCGAGGCUGUUGAUGCCAGACGAGCACGACAGCUACUCAGAGCUGUCUAACUACGUCCUCGAAUCCCGUGGCGAGCUUCUGUGGGUGUCGGUCCAGAUCUGGUCACGUUUCACUUAUAAGUUUGCGUUUGGCAGCGGCCGGUUUCGACAGUUCUCGGUGUCGGUGCAUGCACUAGAGGAGUCAUUGCUAGUGCCGAAGAGGAUCCAGUGGGUGAGGAAAGACAGCCAUAGCCUGGUUGAUCGUGUGUUCUUUCUAGGCUCACCCGUUAGUUUCGCGGUGGACGCCUCGCUGAUGGGCGGCCAUGGCGGGUGCGCCUACUUUGCAUCGACGAGGCCUGAUGAACAGUAUGGUGUGUUCAGGUAUAGCCUCAUCGACGGUAAGACCGAGUUGGUUGAGCAGCUGCCUCUGGGAUGGCACAACGAGAAGUGCACGUGGGUCGUCCCCCAGCCCACCAUUGCUCCAAUUCAGGAAAUCACCAAGGGUAGUAAGCUGAAGGAUCCAAAACUACAACAACAUCAUCAGAUAGUUCCAGUAGUUACAAGCCGAACCCGAAUACACAUCAAGCACAUCCAGAGGCAUUACGAGCCUAGUUUCAGGGUGUUGGUGCGUAAUCUGCCUCUCACGGUGAAUGACUCUCAAUUGCAACACUUCUUCAGCAGGCAUGGCCAAGUUUCCAGCGCGGAGGUAAUCUACUACAAGAAGACCAAGACCUCGCAAGGUAUCGGUCUCGUCACAAUCGCGACUACGCACCUCCAUCAGGAUGAUGCUCUCGCCGCUCUCGAUGGGCUAAUUUUAGAUGGAUGCAACCUCAAUGUUAUCUUGGUUGGCGACAGACCACAAAGGCGACGGCGCAGCGGCAAGUUGGUCUUCCACCAGAGCUAAUAUAGCUACACGUAGCUUGAUCUCCGUGACUCCAUCAUAGCUACAGUGAAGACAUUUCUUCCUUAACUGUAUAC